GACCCAGCGGAAGUAAUUCCUCCAACUGCCCCGGAACGAACGGCAGCAGGCUUCUGGGGUGGGGGGGCGGCCCUGGAGUGGGGGCUGUGGCGGUGUGUGGGGACCUGGUGCAGUGGCUGCGGUGCUAACUGGAAACUGCUAAACUUCCUGUGGAAGUGAAGUAGAAUUUCAUAAGAACAUAAUGGAUGGAGAAGAGAAAACCUAUGGUGGCUGCGAAGGCCCUGAUGCCAUGUAUGUCAAAUUGAUAUCUUCAGAUGGUCACGAAUUUAUUGUAAAGAGGGAACAUGCACUAACAUCAGGAACAAUAAAAGCCAUGUUGAGUGGCCCAGGUCAGUUUGCUGAGAAUGAAACUAAUGAAGUCAAUUUUAGAGAGAUCCCCUCACAUGUGCUAUCAAAAGUAUGCAUGUAUUUUACUUACAAGGUUCGCUACACUAACAGCUCCACGGAGAUUCCUGAAUUCCCAAUUGCACCUGAAAUUGCACUGGAACUGCUGAUGGCUGCGAACUUCUUAGAUUGUUAAAUAAAAUAAAUUAUAAUAAACUGUUAACUUUUUUCAGUAUUUAAUACCUGUAGUUCAGUUAGAAUUUUUUUCAUAUAUAGCAUGUUGCCUGUGUGCAAUUGAACUUUAAAGUUAAUUGGAAAGCAGAUUAUUGUCUCUUCUUUUGCAUAGCAGAGUUGAAAUUUGUUUGCUACAUCAACAAGUUAAGGACAUUUUCACAAAUUGAGAAAUAAACAAAUACGCCACUUUGUAGGUA